ACUGUUCAACAGUAUACACACAAUCAGAACUGCCGCUGUUUUGGCGACAAAGCCAAAUAUGGAUAAUUUUCCUAGAAGCUGUCGAGGUCUAGACUAAGAGACGAAGCCAGAUCAAGAUGACAAUCUACACUGGGCUUUUGCUUCUUAUUCUUUAUGCUCCGUGUUAUUACAUGGAGAGCCCGAAUAGUGACUACAAUGAACCCUCCUCAAAUGUAGCGCAAGCAUUCGAGAAGCGGUGUCCACCUGGCCUGUGGUGUGGUAAAAAACGUAAGUUCUCAAGGGAGGCAUCAAAGCCAUCCGACCUUAUCGCCCAUGUUUUUGAAAAACGUUGCCCACCUGGAUUAUGGUGUGGUAAGAAGCGACAAGUGAAAGAUAGCAGUCAAAACAAAGCCAAAAAUUUUGGUGACGCUAACAAACUCGCCGACCAGUUUGCGAAACGUUGUCCACCUGGCUUGUGGUGCGGGAAGAAGCGAGAGUUAUCCAGUCAGAAAGCAAUGAAUGCUGCGCCACUUCAAGAACAUGCUAAAGACACGUCGAUUGAGACCUUUGAAAAGCGCUGUCCUCCUGGAUUAUGGUGCGGCAAGAAGCGAGAGUUAUCCAGUCAGAAAGCAAUGAAUGCGGCACCACUACAGGAACAUGCUGGAGACUCGUCGAUUAGGACCUUUGAAAAGCGAUGUCCACCUGGCUUGUGGUGCGGGAAGAAGCGAGAGUUGUCCCAUCAGGAAGCAGUGAAUACUGCACCACUAGAGGAACAUGCUGAAGACUCGUCGAUUGAGACCUUUGAAAAGCGCUGUCCUCCUGGAUUAUGGUGCGGGAAGAAACGAAGUAUACCAAAAACCAUGGAGAAUGAAGGUGACUUUAUCAACGCCCUCGAAAAGCGUUGUCCGCCUGGCUUGUGGUGUGGGAAGAAGCGUACCACUACUGGAGAUAAUUUGAUUGGGUCCAACGAAGAAGAAGGGGAAUUGUCGCUGAAAACGUUUGAAAAGCGCUGUCCUCCUGGCUUGUGGUGCGGUAAGAAGCGAACAAUUGCCACCUCGGCGAGUACAAAGAAUCAACUGGACGUUUAACAAAUCAAGAGAAGUAGGAUCAACAGGAACAUUAUGAUGAGUAAUGUAAAGUUAUUAUUGAUGCAAUGAAACCAAUUGGACAUUUUGAUCGUAUGAACGCAACCGUUAAAAGUAAUGCCAUUUGAUAACUUUCAAGGAGUUUCCGAGUACCUCUGUAGGUGUUUACGAAUGCCUCAUUAAAAAAUGU